GCUUCUAAACUAAAUUUUACCUCGUCCCUAGAAGGGGCGACGAGCCAGAACUACGACAUGCACAUUUGUUCACUUUUUAUUUAGAUGUAACCGAUAACCGGUGUGUAAAUUCCUGCAGGCUUUCGAAAUGUUUUUAUUCGAGUUUUCCGGCGAGUAAAAACAGGUGUUGCUACGCAGAAGGAUACGUUUCGUUCCUUCCUUGCACAGGGCCCUCAAAAGCUUACAAGUCCGGUCGUCGGAACAUUUCGCUUCAAACGAGUCACCUCCAUUGCCAUGGAUUUGGAUAAAAAUCGCGACAUCCACGACGACAUCAACGAAACAAUGGACGACCUGAGCGCCUCUACCGGGUACGCGAUCAACAGCCUACUUAGCAGUUUCGCCCAGGAGGAAAACGACGCCGAAGAACAAGAAAAAUACGACUACGCUGACCCCUUGCAAAACUAUAAUUCGAAUGAAGACGAAACCACAUCCACUUUAUCGUCUGGUUCUAAAAGGAAACAGCGGAGAUACAGAACGACUUUCUCGAACUACCAACUGGAGGAACUCGAGCGCGCCUUCCACAAGACCCACUACCCCGACGUCUUCUUCAGGGAGGAGCUGGCCCUGAGGAUCGACCUCACGGAGGCCAGGGUCCAGGUUUGGUUCCAGAAUCGUAGGGCCAAAUGGCGGAAACAGGAGAAAACUGUGAACAAGGGCAUGGGGGUCCAGGCGACUGGCAUCAGCGCCCCCUUGAAUUUACCAGGAUGUUCGGCGCCACUCCAGAGUCCCAUGCUGAACUUCUCGUCGACAGACCAAGGCGGCACUUCGAACUUAUUUCUGGGGUUGGACUGGCCAAUCACGUUUACCGGUCACUCGACUUCGCUCAACAUGGACGUCCAAACUGUGAGCGUCGAGCAGGAUUGCCCAGUGGAAAAUCAACUGGGCGAUAGAAUCAAUGAAACCAUCUUGAUUGCAGAUAGAAUAACAAAUUCUAUGCAGACCAGCCUUAUGGACGACAACAUCUUGCUGAGCGAAGACCUAACAGAGAGGAUAGACACCAACAUGACACUGAUCUCACCCGGACCAAACGAUAUAUCUAUAGACCCUGAUCUCCUCACCCUAAAACCAUCGAGAGGUCAUAUAGAAAACGAAGAACGGUAGAGAUACUUUAAAAUAACAAAAUUAAAAUACUCGUUAUUCAAUCUGAGAUGACGCAGUGGACGAUAAAUAUUAAUGUUACUUCGUUCGCCACUUUAUAUACAGUGUUUCUAAAAGUCUACGAAAUAUGUGCAAUAGAAAAGC